AUGGUCAAGGCAAGCAAGCGGACAUACACCGCGGGCCAGAAAUCAGCAUCGACCCGAGCAUGCCAUGCACCUCCUUCUCCCGCGGAUACACUAGGCACGGUGAGAAGGCAAGGUUAUCAGGGGCAUAUGGCAAUGUCUCCCGAACAUGGCUGCUUUGUAACCUCCAAAAUCAAAACGGUGGAUGGUAGGUUGGAAGGCAUCCUUCCUCCACAGCUGAUUUACCACUCUGGGCAAGUUGCAGGAGUACACUGCUCCCUCGGGCUCGAUUGGAAAUCGGAAUAUCACAGGGAUAACCCAGUUUCUGAUCCUCUAUCAGGUCUACAUGCUGAUCUCAUCAAGCUAUGCAAAACUGGGGAAUCUAGCAUCUCCACAGCAAACACAGCGAAAUUCAGAGGCCUGAGAAGCUGCAAUGCAGAUCAUGCGCAAUAUCCAUGCAACUGGCACCACCCUGAGGAAAUGUGCAGUUUUCACCGAUAA